AUGGAUUCUCCUAUGGUAAUAGAUUUUGAAAUAUCAGAUGGUAAUACUGAAAAUGUACCAUUUUGGUUACGUGAUGUUUUUGAUAGAGCUUUAAAUACAGCUGGAUUAAGAAGAAAUAGACUGGCUUCUGAUGAAGCUAUUGCAAGUUUAAUUAAAGUUGAUGUUAAUCAAUUAGUUGAUAAAGAAUGUUCUAUUUGUUAUGAAGCUUUUCUUACUAAACCUAAUGAAUUUGAAACCACUAAUAAUGAAAAUGUACAAACUGCACUAAAUGAACAAAACUUAAAUUUAGAUUCAACUUUUAAAAAUAAAUUAUCCAAAGAUUACCACUACAACCUACAUACUUUAAAACAUACUUCCAAAUUCAAUGAUCCUUAUUUUUUUUUCCCAACUGAUGUUGGAGGUACAUCAUAUAGUCGGUUUCCACAAAGAAAUUUAUCAAAUAUGAAAAAAGUUACAAUUGAAGAUCAAUUUCCAGGUUAUAAAGGUGAUGAAAAAACAAUAAAAGAUAACAAGAUAGAACAAUACAAGAAAGAUGGUCAUAUUGCGGUAAAAAUGCCAGAAUGUGAACAUAUUUUUGGCUUAUCAUGUAUUGUUGAAUGGUUAAAAGCUAAUGUUUCAUGUCCAUUAUGUAGAAAAGAAGUUGAAGCUAACAAGAAUGAUCCAAAAAGAUUGAAAAAAGAAACUGUUGAAUACAAUACUGUAUCGAAUUUUAAUCAUGAAGGUACUAUGGUUGAUCAUAUACUAAAUUAUUCAACUGAUGUUUUUAAUCCAUUUAGACGUCCUUUUAAUCCCUCAAUUACUCCUGUUACAGAUUCAUUUAUGCAUCAAGAUUGGGUAACUCCACCAUAUCAAUCACUACCAAAUAGUUCACGAGAUCCAUCAUUAGUUUUACCAAAAAGAUUUCCCUUAAUGGAUUCAUUUGGAACUAGUCCAAGAUUAUCAUCCAUACGUAGACCAACAAGAGAUAGUCGUAGAGUUAGGAGAGCUAGACCACCAAACCCUAAUAUGGGAAAUAAUAUUCCUACUACCACCACAAUUAGUGUAAACACCACCACCACCACCAACAACAACAACAACGAUGAUAAUGAUACAAAUAAUAAUAAUGAUGAUACCAACUUUAAUGAUGAAUUAGAAGGGAACGAAGAAAGAAGAAGAAGAAGAAGUGCUUCAAAUGAUUCUUCAAGAAGUGCAAGAAGAGUUAAUUUUUCUCCACAUACUACUAAUAUUGAUGAUUUAAAUGAUUCUACAGAUAGCGAAACUUUAUAA